CUGUUUUGCACUAUCGAUAUUGCUGACCCUAGCAAAACUUUAUUUCCUUUCACAGCUCCCCAGUCAUUAUUGGAAUGCCAACCAGAGUUUAAGUCCCCGAGCUUACAACUGUAAAGCAGUACUUCAAGGCUUGGACAGUGCCGAGAAAACUAUUAUUAGUGACUGCUGCGGAGUCACGGUCGUGGCACGCGCAACGCGCCAGUAGCGUGGCAAUAUGCAUAGAGCUCUUGGCAGCAUCUAGCAGUAGCGAAGAAGGCCCCGACCGACCGGUCGGGAUAAAUGCAGCGGCAUUCCUUUCCAGCUAAAAAGGGGCUGCAGAGGCCGUCACACGCUCGCAAGUGUCUGCAUCGGGAGAUAUGCCUGGUGUUGGCGCUGGUCGUGUGCUGCUGGCGACCGGCACCUGCCGACCACAUACCCGGCCUGCCGGGGCCCUAUCCCGGCCUCCUCGUCCCCAGUGCCACGGGGCUGACGGUGGACUUUUCCACUGAGGCAGAGCUGAUUGCUGCGAUAUCUAAUGACACCAUCAAAGUGGCGCACCUGGUGAAAAACCUGCGACUGGAGGCGAAGGGCUGGCCACUCCUGCCCAUCUUGCGCAAUACCAGCUUCACCAUCUCUGGAGACCCCAGCCCGUAUCCGUACCCAAUCCUGGAUUUGGCUUUCAUCGAGAGCAAAGUUCAGCUGGCGCAGGAUGCAGUAUUUCUGUUCAAAAGGGUGGAGCUGAGGAACACGCGACAGCGCAGCGGUUUCGAGGUGGACUUGUUCGCCGCCAGCCCGGGCGCCUACGUGCGAUAUGAGGACAUCGUCUACCACUGCUUCUCCUGCCUGCCGCCCUCCACCAUCGCGUCCGUCAUGAUGAGCCAGACACACGCCACCCUGGCGCAGAACGUCACGCCGGCGGCGAAGGUUUGGUGCCGCCCGCAACCGUUGCUGGCGCGGUGCUACAACAACACCAAUGACCUGGAUAUCCACUCAGCCUCAGCAGAGCUUCCGGUGUCGGGGCUGCAGGGCAUCACCAGUGGCGGUGGAUACGUGCUGGAGGGAACGGACGUGAACUUCGUCUGCGAGGAGCCAACCACAUUCGAGUGCGGCAACACCAAAGGCUGGGACAUUUGCGUGCGUCAGUCCAUUGAGGACGUGAUGUCCCGCGACCACACCUGGGAGAUCCUGGCGGCAGCGGAGCAGCACAGCGCGGGGCAGCAGGGCGACGAAGGCAGCACAAUUGCCGUGGCGGUGGGAGUCGCGGUUGGAGUUGGCGGCGUGCUGCUGCUGCUCGCUGGCGGCGCCUUCCUAUACAUGCGGCACCGGCGGCGGGGCCAGCAGCAGGCAGUGCACGGUGGGGGCAAGGCAACGGACGCGGAGGCGGCGUUAAGAGCGGACGCCUCUGGCAAAAAGGCAUUGAAUGGAGCCGUUGCAGACAGCUCAGGCCACAACAAGCUGGCCAGCGAGGGACGUGCUGUUUCUACAUCUGAUGACUCCAAUGGUGGCGCCGUUGCACCCGAGUUCGUCGCGGUUGCCCUGGCGCCAGCGCCCCCUGCCCUGGCAGCAUUGCCCGCGGUGCGAACAGCUGCGCCCAGCCCUCAGAGUGCCAACGGCAACGGUGCUGCCGGUUGCGCCGCGGCCGAGGCCGAAUCGCCAGCGCAGUCGGGCAAUGAUAGCUCGAGGCCACGCAGGAGCAGUGCAUGUGCAGGCCCCAAGUCAACCGUGGUGCUAGGCGGAGUGUCCAUUGAGCUGGACGUGGUUCUGGGCGCCGGCAGCUUCGGGAAGGUGUUUCGCGGCUCAUGGCAGGGCCAGUCUGUGGCGGUCAAGGUGCUGCACUACGGCCAGGAGCUGUGCCGCGCGGUGCACACGGAGGUGCUCCUCAGCCAGGCGCUCAAACACGUCAACAUCGUCAACAGCCUGCACUUCGCGCAGGUGCUACCCGGCGGCUGCCUCGCCGCCAUCAACGUUAACGACAACGCAGCAGCAUCUGCCUCCACCCGGAUAGCCGGAAACCCAAGUGCAUCCAGGGCCGCUGCUGCACGCAACUCUGCGGUUGCGUCAGGCCACACCGCCGACACGGCUGGUGCCGUAGCCGCCGCCUCCCCAGCCGCGCGGUCUGCAAACACGCAUUUUGUCGAGGGCGGCAGCAAGCCGUCUGACAAGACCAGCUGCAGCAUCGCCGCAGGCAGCUAUAGCCGCUUCCUCAACACAAACGACAUGGCCAAUCCGCCCUCGGCCAUGUUUGGGUCGUCUCUCGCGGCGGGCCGCGCCGCAGCCGCAGCUGCCGCGGCUGCCGCAGACAGAAGCAGCCGCGCGAGCAACCCCCGACACACAGGCGGCACCAGCGUUGUAGGCGCGGCAGGACUCGCUGGCGCCCUGGGCCUGCCGGUCCGGGCCACCGCGGCACUGGGAGGCGGCGGAGGCGGUGCCAGCGAUGUCGCACCACUCGGCAACCUGCGUUCUCUCACGCGCGCGGCCAGCCUGCCGCUUGAGGAGAUCUGGCCACUGCUGGAGAUCGAAGAGCCGCGCCCAACAGCCGCCGCCGCUGGCGGCACAACCGGUCCUGGCAGUGGCAAGCCUCGCGCUGUGGGCAAGGCCCGUAUCACCAGCGCCAGCGGCCGCGGCCGUCCCAGCUCCCGGGUCCUGGGCAAGAGCAUCCUGGGGCCUGUGGCUCUGGGCGCGGUGGCGUUGGGUGCCGCGGGGUGCAUGCGUGCCGACCAGGUGGAGCGCAGCAGCUGCAGUGCGCCCGACAUCCUGUCGGGCUGGGUCUCCAUGCAGGCCAUGCGGCGGGCACUGGACGGCGACAGCUGCAGCGGCGAGCGGCUGCCGGAGGAAGAGCUCAUGGCGCUGGAGGAGGGCGACGAGAUGGAGGAGCAGGAGCAUGACCUGCAGGGGCAGCAGCAGGGGCAGGGGCAGGGGCAGGGGCAGGGGCAGGGGCAGGGGCAUGGCUACGGCGCGGGCACCGCAGCGGCGUACGCCAGCGAGUCGGGCGGCGCGCAGCCGGAGAAACCCCCGGCGCCGGCAUCCGACGUGACCGCAGUGGGCGGCGGCAGUAGCACUAUUGAGCACACCGGCUGUGCGCCGCUGUCCACGACAUCCAACGCGACGGCAUGCGGCACUGAGGAUAGGCAUGCCGGCGCUGCUGCGGCCGAGGCAACGGCGCCUGGAGAUGCAGGAACGUUGCUUGGCGGCAUCCUGGUUGGCACGCCGCGUGCUGGUGGGGAGGGCGGCGAGGCUCAGACGCCCCGCAUCGCGCUUCCGCUCGAGCAGCUGUGGCUGGCGGCGCACGCGCAGCCGAUGGAGGGGUCAAGUCACGGCUUCCUGGUAAUGGAGCUAUGUGAGGGCGGCUCGCUGCAGUCGUGGCGGGCGACGCAGUGGCGGGCGCGGAACGAGCGGCCAGACAUGGCUGUGCUGCUGCCUCUAGCCCUGGACAUUGCGCGGGGCAUGCUCUACAUUCACAGCGCCGGCGUGUGCCACGGGGACCUAAAGCUCGCGAAUGUCAUGCUGGCGCGUGCGGCGUCCAGUGCCGGAGUAGAAUCCGCAUCGGAGAGCGUUGCUGGGAUGUCCAGGCUGGGCUCGACAGGGCCGGCCGGGGCGUUGUCGGGAUCCGGUUGUGCGGUUCAGUCGCCGGAUCCGCGUAGCUUGCAGGACGGCUGGGUGGCUAAGGUUGGCGACUUCGGACUGAGUCGGCUGCUCACCACGGAGCGCACGCACGUGUCCACGCGGCCCGCAGGGACCAUCAGCCACAUGGCACCCGAGCUGUGGAGCAAAGGCCACGUGUCGCCACAGGCGGACGUGUACGCCUACGGAAUCACUCUGUGGGAGCUGGCUACGGGCGACAAGCCGUACCGCGGACUCAACAUGGCACGUCUGGUACACCGCGUGUUGGUCAGCGGCGGGCGGCCCGCACUGCCGCUGUGGCUGCCGCCUGCGUACACACGACUCGUCACAUCGUGCUGGGCACCGUCGCCCAAGGACCGACCCACGUUCGCUGCUGUCGUGCAGUAUCUUGAGAUGAUGAUGGCUGCCCUGCCGGCUUCAGGUCGACAGUGAAGCGCCCCCGAACUCCGAGGGCGGCACUUGCGGCUCCUUACAACACGGUCAUGGGUGGGCGAUGAUGGUAUUGAGUAUCGGUUGAGAAAACAUUGUCAGCAUCAUGCGCUUAAGUCUAUUUCGGACGCGGGCGUUGCAGCACCUAGAAGCAGGCGCGCGGGUCCUUUGGGAAGCCAGGUUGCCUAGCACCCGCUACAUAGACUCACUGAUGUGCUUGCCACGAUCCUGGUUUGCACUGCCACGCUUUCACUUCGCCUCUGGUAGCCAACGGGUACUGUACCUGCACGAGCUGUGCGAGGCCUGCCAACAGGACACCAAAUGGUUGGCUUGGAUGGGAAUAGUGUACUGGUAAAGCACGUUGGGGGUUGGGGAUGUCUUGGAUUCCUGGGGCGCAUCGUAUACUCCAUUCGGUCCUGGUGGGUAGGGUCAGUCACAGAGUCUUGUGACGUGAACUGCGCGCGCAUGGCCAUGCUGGUAAUUGUACGCUGCGUUGCCUGCGCGGGUGUGACAUGCCCCUUUCUUUGUACCAUUUGUUUAGUAUUUCCUGCACAAGCAACCUGAUGGGCAUUUGCUUGGGGCAAAGUAGCGUAUCAUGGGAUGGGAUUUAAAAUCGAUGAGCGUGAAGAAGCAUACAAGUGUCAACCGUAAGUAGCAAGGGUACGAUGUACGAGGGCACAGGGGCUGGAGGAGCUGUCGAUACAUCUGGCGGCUGCAAUACGGAGAGGAAAACCGCGGGUGGGGCGGGGGUGCCAUUGCUGCGCGCAAAUGAUAACUUGCUGUCCAUGCGAGUGUUCGUCGGUGGUGGUUGGGCUAUGCGAUGGGGGUUGACGCGCUUGCCACUUGAUAUAAUGAGGGACCUACCAUUAUGUCAACAUAGGCGACGUUUGAGCCAACCUGCGUACGGUACCUGCCGUGAAGCACGCCGUGCAAUGCUAGUCGUGGUGGCGGCCUUAGUGGCAGGUGCGCUGUGCCGGUAUUCGCUAGUCGGGCCGUCGCAAAUACCGGUAGACGGGAUUGCAUUUAAGGACUGGGGUCGCACGCUGUGCUGUACAGUGUCCUGGAAUGUGGAUUGCAGCCGCUGCUUAAAACUCAGGAACCAGCAGCUGAGUGAUCUCAGGUUUAUGGGUUUGUGAUGAGGCACGCGUGCUCUUGGGGAACAGACAGGAGACGACGGGACGACGGGUGGUGUGGGAGAAGGCUGCACACACACUAGGCAGCCUUGAUGACGCAGUGUCCCUGGCAGUGAUGAUUCGUCCAGUGUAUCACUAGUGUCAUCUCGUGUUUGGUUGCAUGCGUUUGACCAAGGGGAAGGCAUCUGCCAGCCGGGGCAUCUCGGGCUCAGUGAGUGAGCAUGGGCGCAUGGCACAUUGGCACUGCGCACAUGUAGGUGAAAAUCGCCAUCGAUUACGUAUGUACAAUUAUGCA